AUGCCAGGAUUAACAGCACCAUCAGAUUAUUCCAAAGAACCACCUCGUCAUCCUUCUCUUCAAAUCAACUCCAAGGAACCUUUCAACGCAGAACCAAAACGUUCAGCGCUUAUUGCAUCGUAUGUUACACCUUCCGAUUUCUUCUAUAAGAGGAAUCAUGGUCCUAUUCCCAUCGUUGAAGAUAUCAACAGAUACUGCGUGGAGAUAUCUGGUCUUGUGCAGCAUUCCAAACAGCUCUUUAUGAAAGAUAUCAGGAAUCUUCCAAAGUAUAAUGUCACUGCCACACUGCAGUGUGCAGGGAAUCGGAGGACAGCUAUGAGCAAGACGAGGACAGUGAAAGGGGUUGGAUGGGAUGUUUCUGCUAUUGGAAAUGCUGUUUGGGGUGGUGCCAAAUUAGCUGAUGUUCUUGAACUUGUUGGAAUUCCCAAGUUGACAAGUGUCACUCAAUUUGGUGGAAAACAUGUUGAGUUUGUAAGCAUUGAUAGGUGUAAGGAAGAAAAGGGAGGACCAUAUAAGGCCUCAAUACCACUCAGUCAGGCUGCAAAUCCUGAAGCAGAUGUUCUACUUGCUUAUGAAAUGAAUGGAGAACCUCUUAACAGAGAUCACGGAUACCCGUUACGUGUGAUUGUUCCCGGUGUCAUUGGAGCUCGGUCUGUUAAAUGGCUGGAAGCUAUCAAUAUCAUUGAAGAAGAAUGCCAGGGUUUCUUCAUGCAAAAGGACUACAAAAUGUUCCCACCAUCAGUGAAUUGGGACAAUAUUGAUUGGUCAACCAGGAGACCCCAAAUGGAUUUCCCUGUUCAGUGUGUUAUAUGUUCUUUGGAAGACGUGAGCACAGUAAAGCCUGGGAAGGUAAAAAUUAGCGGCUAUGCCGCAUCAGGUGGUGGCAGAGGCAUUGAAAGAGUAGAUGUGUCUGUUGAUGGAGGCAAAACAUGGAUGGAAGCCUCAAGAUCUCAAAAAAGGGGUAUUCAGUAUAUAUCAGAUGCUGCCGACAGCGACAAAUGGGCUUGGGUGCUUUUUGAAGUCACAGCUGAUAUUCAACACAGCACAGAGAUUAUUGCAAAAGCGGUAGAUUCAGCUGCAAAUGUUCAACCUGAAAAGGUCGAAGAUGUUUGGAACCUUAGAGGGAUAUUAAACACUUCAUGGCAUCGGGUAAAAGUUCAAGCGAGUUACUCAAACUUGUAAAAUUUGUGCCAACUAUUUGGUCAAAGGUUUUUGAAGCAUCUUACUGAACACUGAACUCUGAAAGUGCAUCGGCGCCAAUUGUAUAAAAAGUCUUAACACGAAUAAACCCUAGAGCUAAAGGGAAGGGGUUGUGAAUAAUCACUUACUCUAGUUUCAUGUGUGAUUGCCUGAAACUAUAACUUUGUUUCAUCAUGGAAUUACUGUGAGAUAUUAAACUUGGAGCGUUUGGCAUUUUGAAUUUCAUCUAUAUGAUCUUUUAUCA